AUGGGUCAGCGACUCCGGUUCAUCACCUUGGAUGUUUUUACCUCGCAGCCGUACGCGGGGAAUCCUCUGGCGGUCGUCUUCCUCCCAGAACCAGACAACCCCGCCUCGGUUCCUCUGACCCAGAGCCAGAAGCUAUCCAUCACGCGGGAAUUCAAUCUCUCGGAGACGAUCUUCGUGCAUGCAGGGGGCGACGAGAAACGGACCAUUGACAUCUUCACCACCGCCUGCGAAAUCCCCUUUGCAGGCCAUCCAACCAUCGGCGCUGCUUCGUGGUUUUUGUGCCAUUCUCCGAUCACCCAGGAGAGAGAGCGCGUUCGGUGCCUGGUCACCAAGGCUGGGGAGAUUCCAAUCUCACUGCAGCAGUCGCUCCAGGAGCCGGGCGUAGUGGCGAGGAUCGCGCAUAAUGUUCGUUUCCACGCCGCGCGGUAUCCGCUAAGUGAGCUACUCCGGCUUCAUGCGUCUUUGACCCCCUUUUUCCCGGCCGCGGCCCAGGACAUGCUGUCGUUUCCGGUGGUCUCGAUCGUCAAUGGGAUGAGCCAGGUGCAUGUCGAGUUGCCUUCUCUGAACGCACUGGCCGCCGUGACGACUUCGGCCGGCGGCGAAGUGAUCUCUGUUCAUGGUCAGUAUCUGGACGAAGGAUGGAGGUCGGGCCAUUGCGUUUUAUACUUCUACGUGCGGGACGUCGAGGAUGCGCUAUUGGGGACUCGCGUAAUACGCACCAGGAUGAUCUUGGGAAACGAAGAAGAUGCGGCCACGGGCAGCGCCGCGAGCGGGCUGGUAGCAUAUCUGUCCCUGACAAAUGAACGACUCGGGAGGCACACGUAUGACAUUGUCCAGGGCGUGGAAAUGGGCCGACGCAGCCAGAUUGGAAUUGACAUCACAACUAGCCCUGAGAAGGUCGAGAGUCUUGAGUUGAAAGGAGCAGCGGUGCCUGUGAGCGAGGGCACCAUCUUGAUUCCCGGGGAAUGA